AUGUUGCCAUACGCUAGAGUUGUUGCCAAGAGAAGUUUCCAGACCUCGUCUGCCAGACAAUUUGUGAUUCCAUUCCUGCCUUUGCUUCCACAGAAGCCAGGUGGUGUUCAAGGUACUCCAAACGAUGCUUUCAUACCACCAAAACCACACAAGAUGGAAGGUUCUUACCACUGGUGGCUAGAGAAAUCCUUCUCAUACUCCAUCUUACCAUUGACCACAGUUGCAUUUUUGACCACAGGCACUCUAUCCACCGUUACCGACACAGCAUUGUGCCUGUCGGCCCUAGGUUACUCCUACAUGGAAUUCCACUCCUGUAUUACCGAUUACGUGCAAACUAGACAGUACGGUAAGUACCACAACUACGCCUUGUACUUACUAGGUGCCGGUACCCUGGCUUCUUUGCUAGGUAUCUACAACUUGGAAACCCAAAAGGGCGGUUUCAAGGGUCUAGUGAAAUCUCUAUGGUACGGCGAAGAAGAAGAGAAGAAGUAA